UCCCCGCUAUUGCCAAUGUCCCUGUCACUGUCGCAGGGAGGCGCUGGCCGUCACCAUGAGGUGACACUGUCCCCGUCACACUGUCCCUGUCCCGCGGAGGUGACACUGUCCGUGUCACACUGUCGCUUUCGCUGUCGCAGGGAGGCGCUGGCCGUCACCGCCCAGCUCUGCGGGCCGGAGCUGGAGCGCUACGGGCGCUGCGUGGCCGCGAGCCCCGGGAGCUGGCACCGGGAUUGUCACCAGCUGUCCCUGAGCGUCACCGAGUGCGCAUCCAACCACCCCCUGGUGCGCCGGAUCCGCCGGGAUUGCUCCGACUCCUUUGGGGCCUUCGAGCGCUGCCUGCGGGAGCGGCCCCGGAGCGCGGCCGAGUGCGGCCCCCACGUCAGCCAGUUCCUGCUCUGCGCCCAGAAUGUCACCCAGAGUGCCACCCCUGGGGACACUGCCACGGCCACACCCAGUGCCACCCCCAGGGACAGCCCCGGUGCCACCUCCGCAGAGAAUCCCUGGAAUUAAAACCCAUCCAGGAAUGUCGAGAAAGCCUCAGAACCUUCCGGAAUCUCCUCCCAAAUCCUGGGAAUUGCCCCUCUGGAAAAGGAGCCCUGGGAUGUGAAGCCUGAUCCACAAUUCCCUGCAGAUUCCCGGGCUUUUAUCCCAAAAAUUGGAGGAAGAAAUUAAAAUUCCAGCACAGUCUCCUCAGGAA